UGAAAUAGUUUUCGGUUAAUGUCCAAAUCCAUUAUGUUAAUCGUUUAUAUAACUAGAUUGAUACUGAUAUCCAUUAUUCUUUCGAAGUUGUUUUACUCGAAUCUAUGUAACGUCUUCGGUUGGUUUUGUUUGAAAGAGAAUCAAUUUACUAGAAAAGGCAAGAGAAAGAAAGAAAAGAACGUGACAAGAUGAAUCGUGUAAAGAAAUUGCUAUCGAGUAAAGAAACUCGAGAUUAUUUAAUGAGUACACAUUUUUGGGGACCUAUAGCUAAUUGGGGUAUUCCUAUCGCAGCGAUCGCUGAUAUACAAAGGGAUCCGAAAUUUAUCAGUGGAAAGAUGACAUUUGCCUUAUGUUUGUAUUCAGCAAUGUUUAUGCGCUUUGCAUUGAAGGUUGAACCACGCAACUUACUUCUUUUUGCCUGUCAUUUUGUGAACGAAGGUGCACAACUUACUCAAAGCGUUAGAUUUAUUAAGUAUCAUUAUGCAAAUAAAGAUGAAUAACAAGCGAUAAGACAAAUGUUUGCAAUUGUUUAAUUUAUUUUUUUUAAUGAAUAUCAUUAGCAUUCGUUCUAAAUUAACAUUGUUGGUAAUUGUUUGUUUCCACUAAAAUACCAAGCACAUGUAAAUAUAAUAAUAUAUAAUCUUCAAAUAUAAAUGAAAUAUCAAACAGUAAAAA